CUCGUCUUCUAGCCAGUCACGACCGUAAUGCCAACUUUCCGCUGUAGUAUCUGUCUCGACUCUCUUGAUGAUGCUAAGAAGCCGAUGACCACCUUAUGCGGCCACAUCUACUGUCUAGACUGCGCGACUUUCCACCUUGCGCGUAUGGAGCAGCCUUCAUGUGCGGUCUGCCGCAAAGCGCAACCUCUAGACCAGAUGAUUCGCUUGUAUCCGGAUUGGGAAGACAGCGAGCCGCGUGGUGACUCACGCACUGCAGAGGGAGGCGUCUCCGUCUCCUCCAGUCCAGUGUCCGUUCGGAGCAUUGAGCGGGCAGGAGAAGACGCGGUCGAUGCAAUCAAGCAAGCCAUCGCGGACCGCCAGGACGCGCACGAUGCACUGCUGACAUGCAACACUUUUGUGAACUCGGUGACUGACCGUGAACGACCACACAUCAAUACCCAACUCCUUCAUGAAGUCUCCUUCCAAUUGAGCUUGAUGUCCACGAAAAUGAAGGAUGACAAUGAUCGUCUCAGGCGGCUUAGAAGCAAUGCGCAAAAUGCUCGUGCAAACGAAGCGUAUCUUCGUUCACAAAUACAACAACACCAAGCCACCAAUGAGAGGCUAGAGAAGGAGAAAAACUAUCUCCAGUCGAAGAUCAUCCAGUUAGAGGAUCGUAUCGCCCUCCUCGAGCGCCAAUGUGGCCUUUCAGCCGAGGAUGCGGGCCGUCAGCGUGUCAAGGCUGGCAAGGCCCAGAACGAGCUUGAAGAAGUCAAGCAACAAUGUGACGAGUGGAGGCAAGCCGCAGUCAGGGCGAAGAAAAAGUAUCAUGCUCUGAGGAACAAGAUAGAAGAGACGAAACGGGCUGCCCGACGCGGUCCCUCGAACGAUACCUCGGACGAUUUGGUUGUCGCUUGAGUGUGGACGUCUAACUGGAAAGUCAUCAGACUUUGACUCGUAUAUUAAUCAUCACUGUACCCUGACAUCGGUACGCUCUACUGUCCCCAUAUACCCAAUGUUGCACGGGGGUUCUACUGUAUAAUCUACGUCUAUGCGCCUCCUCAAACUCCUAUGUUCUCGCUAUCA